AACAGGUGGAAAGGGAGGGGCCCUAACUCACUCACGACAAUAAGCUAACUUGUUUUGAUCCCUGUGGUUUCAUACAGUCAGACUGCAGCUCUCUUGCCUUUGGUCUGUAUCAGUUGCUGAGAAUGCCGUACAUUUUCCAGUCCCCCAUCCAGAAUGAAGGUAGCCAGCCUAAGACGGCUCGCAGCACCCAGUCUGAUGGAAAAACAUAUGAAGAACUCAAGAAGGAGUGCCUGCGGAAAGGAGUGCUAUUUGAGGAUCAAGAUUUUCCUGCCGCUGACUCAUCCCUUUUCUUCAGCCAGAAACCCCGUGUCCCCUUUGAAUGGAAAAGACCUGGGGAAUUUCAGAAAAACCCACAGUUCAUCGUAGGUGGAGCUUCAAGGACCGACAUCUGCCAAGGAGAACUAGGUGAUUGUUGGUUACUGGCAGCUAUUGCUUCACUAACGCUAAAUCAAAAUACUCUAGCAAGAGUCAUACUUCCGGAUCAAAGCUUUGAUAAGGAUUAUGCAGGAAUAUUUCACUUUCAGUUCUGGCAGCACAAUGAGUGGGUUGAUGUUAUCAUUGAUGACCGCUUACCAACAUACAAGCAACGGUUGGUGUUUCUACAUUCUGCUGAGCUGAAUGAGUUCUGGAGUGCACUGCUAGAGAAAGCCUAUGCCAAGCUAUAUGGGAGUUAUGAAUCUCUGAAGGGGGGCAGUACAAUAGAAGCCAUGGAAGAUUUUACCGGAGGUGUGGCUGAGAUGUUUGAUACCCAACAUCCGCCUGAAAACUUCUAUAAAAUCCUUCAGAAAGCACUCGAGAGAGGUUCAAUGUUGGGUUGUUCAAUUGAUAUCACAAGUUCUGCUGAGUCAGAAGCUCAAACAACUACAGGCCUUGUGAAAGGUCACGCCUACUCAAUUACUGGAAUUGAAGAGGUGAAUGACAGAGGAAGGAAAGUAAAGCUUAUCAGAGUCAGGAACCCCUGGGGUCAAGUUGAGUGGAAUGGUGCUUGGAGUGACAACUCUUCUGAGUGGAAAAAUAUCAACGAACAGGAAAGAAAUCGUCUAACACAGAUAUCUUUGGAUGAUGGGGAAUUCUGGAUGGAAUUUGAAGAUUUCAAAAAGAAUUUUAGUAAGAUUGAAAUAUGCAACCUUACCCCAGAUUCUUUAGACGAUGACACUCCAAAUAAAUGGGAAGUGAGUGUGUUUGAGGGAAGCUGGGUCCGGGGCUCCACCGCAGGAGGCUGCAGAAAUUUUAUUGACACAUUUUGGACAAAUCCACAGUUUAAACUGCAUCUGCAAGAGAAAGAUGACAAUAGUGAUAAAAACGAAUGCACUUUUAUUGUUGCCCUGAUGCAGAAAAACAGGCGCCAACUCCGAAAAGAAGGGUUGGAUCUAGAAACAGUUGGAUUUGCCAUUUAUAAGGCCGAUCAUAAAGAAGAACACCUUACAAAAGAUUUCUUUCGGUUCAACCCAUCCAAAGCUAGAAGUAAGACAUACAUCAAUAUGAGGGAACUCUCUGAACGGUUUAAACUACCCCCUGGAAAUUAUGUCAUUGUUCCUACCACCUUUAAACCACACACUGAAGCAAACUUCCUCCUGAGAAUCUUCUCGGAAAAGAAGGCAGAUUCUGCGGAGCUGGGAAGUAAGAUUGAGGCAAACCUUCCUGAACCACCCAAGCCAACCCCACCACAUAAAGAAAAUGAUGAAGAAAAAGGACUGCGGAGACUUUUUCAGCAAAUUUCAGGACCGGAUGGGGCGAUUAGUGCCUAUGAACUUCAGGAAAUAUUGAAUGACGUACUUAAAAGACGCAGGGAGAUCAAAUUUGAUGGCCUAUCAAUGAACACAUGCCACAGCAUUAUCAAUUUGAUGGAUGCAGAUAACAGUGGGAAGAUUGAGUUUGAUGAAUUCAAAAUCUUUUGGGAUAAAAUAAAGAAGUGGAUUGCUUUGUUCUUCACUUAUGACACAGACCGGUCUGGCACUAUGUCAUCCUACGAGCUGCGAUCAACCCUGAAGGCAUUAGGGAUUUCACUGAACAACACACUGUUGCAGCUUUUGGUCUUGAGAUAUGCCGAUUCAAAGUUAGAGAUUGAUUUUGAUGACUACUUGACUUGCAUUGUUCGUCUGGAAAGCGCAUUUAGAGUAUUUAUGGCAUUAGAUAGGCAGAAAACUGGGACCAUUUCUCUGGAUUUUUCACAGUUCCUGUACCUAACCAUGAAUAUCUGAAGAGCAGGCAAGGACUAGAAGAAGAAAGAAACAAAAGAAAAACAUAUUUUGCAUUAUUAUACUAGAAAACUUACUUAUUUUGCAGUUUAUUUUUAGCUUAAAAAAUGAAGCUGAAAGAAUCACAGAUGGAAAGAAAACAUCAGUGAGAAGGUUUCUGCAUUGUUCUGUACUUACCACAUAUUCUCUGAAGUAUUGUUGCCUUUAUAUCUUUCCAUGUUAUUUUUUUUUUUUUUACUGUACUGUUUACUGAAAAUGGUUUGGUGUUCUUUUCAAAAAACAAAAAAACUACUCUUGGUGCUUAUAUACACCAGGAAACAUGACACAGUAACUAAGAACACUUCUCUUAUACAACACAUUCACAUGUAUUGCCUUAUGGAAAACCAACAUUUCCAGUUCAUAGAAAUAAGUAUCAGCACAACUCUUGUAUGGUACUGGUGGCUAAUGGAGUAGAUUAGCUUCCGAUUGUUAUAUUUUCUGAGAUUGCACAAAUUUAGGCUGACCACAUUUUUCAUUCUUUAUCUGAAUAUAAAAGAAAAAAGGGUCUGAUACCAAUAGGAUCAAUACCAUACAAGGUGAUUAAAGGAUAUAUACUUGUAGUGAAUCUGCUCCUACUGACUGAUGAGUUAAUAUCAACACAAAGCCUGUGCUUGCCUCUUGACUGCAGGGCUUGCUCUUUAGUUGAAGGGUAAGACGUCUAUGAAUGGUAUGAUUUGUAGUUAGCAUCCAGCCAUUGCCUUUUCAUUACAUACUUCAGUCUUUGUUAUUAGAUUAUACAUAUUACAUUUAGGUGUUCAGGUUAAAAGUUUUCUAACAUGUAUGCUUAUAUUGCACAUAUCAGCUAAUUAUAUAUUUUCAAGGUGUAUGGGAUAAAAAAAAA